AUGAGUUGUUUAAAGUCUUGCAGAGGUGGUCUUAGGACGUUUGCCACAUCUACUAUCAAAUAUGAAAAGAAAUUAAACAAGUAUUCUUCAAUUGUUACUGGAGACCCAUCACAAGGUGCUUCCCAAGCCAUGCUUUAUGCCACUGGUUUCACUGAUGAAGAUUUCAAUCGUGCCCAAAUCGGGGUUGGUUCUGUCUGGUGGUCUGGUAACCCAUGUAAUAUGCACUUGAUGGAAUUAAACAACAAGUGUGCUGAAUCUGUCAACAAGGCUGGUUUGAAGGCCAUGCAAUUUAACACUAUUGGUGUUUCUGAUGGUAUCACCAAUGGUACCGAAGGGAUGAGAUAUUCUUUACAACUGAGAGAAAUCAUUGCUGAUUCUUUCGAAACAAUGACCAUGGCCCAAUUGUACGAUGGUAACAUUGCUAUUCCAUCCUGUGAUAAAAACAUGCCAGGUGUUUUAAUGGCUAUGGGUAGACACAACAGACCAGCUAUUAUGGUUUAUGGUGGUACUAUUUUACCAGGUUCUCCAACUUGUGGCACCUCCAACCCAGCUGUUGCUGAUAAGAUUGAUAUUAUCAGUGCUUUCCAAUCAUAUGGUCAAUAUUUGGCUAAAGAAAUCACUUCUGAAGAAAGAAUCGAUAUUGUUAAACAUGCUUGUCCAGGUCCAGGUGCUUGUGGUGGUAUGUACACUGCCAACACCAUGGCCUCUGCUUCUGAAGUCUUGGGUUUAACUUUGCCAUACUCCUCUUCUUCUCCAGCUGUUUCUAAAGAAAAGGCUGCUGAAUGUGCUGUUGUUGGUUUUGCUUUGAAACACUUGUUGGAAAUCGACUUGAAACCAAGAGAUAUCAUCACCAAGAAAUCUUUUGAAAACGCCAUUGCUUAUAUCAUUGCUACCGGUGGUUCAACCAACGCUGUUUUACAUCUUAUUGCUAUUGCUUCUUCCUUUGAUAUUACCAUUACUGUUGAUGACUUCCAAAGAAUUUCUGACAACACUCCAUUGUUGGCCGACUUUAAACCAUCUGGUAAAUACGUUAUGGCCGAUUUGCAAAAUGUCGGUGGUACUCCAGCUGUUAUGAAAUACUUGAUCAAAGAAGGUAUCCUUGAUGGUUCCCAAUUAACCGUUACUGGUAAGACCAUCAACGAAAACUUGGAACCUCUUGCUGAUUUGCCAGAAGGACAAGACAUCAUUAUGCCAAUUUCCAAGCCAUUGAAACCAAACGGUCACUUGCAAAUCUUGAAAGGUACCUUGGCCCCAGGUUCUGCUGUUGGUAAAAUCACUGGUAAAGAAGGUACUUACUUCAAGGGUAAAGCUAGAGUUUUCGAUGAAGAACAUUCCUUCAUCACUGCUUUGGAAAAUGGUGAAAUCAAAAAGGGUGAAAAAACUGUUUGUGUUAUUAGAUACGAAGGUCCAAAAGGUGGUCCAGGUAUGCCAGAAAUGUUGAAACCAUCCUCUGCUUUAAUGGGUUACGGUUUGGGUAAAGAUGUUGCCUUGUUGACUGAUGGUAGAUUCUCUGGUGGUUCUCAUGGUUUCUUGAUUGGUCAUAUUGUUCCAGAAGCCGCUGAAGGUGGUCCAAUUGCUUUGGUUGAAGAUGGUGAUGUCAUUGUUAUUGAUGCUGAAAACAACAAGAUUGAUUUGUUGGUUGAUGAAGAAAUCAUGGCUGAAAGAAGAAAGAAGUGGACUCCACCAGAACCAAGAUACAAGAGAGGUACUUUAGCCAAGUACGCCACUUUGGUCAGUGAUGCCUCUAAAGGUUGUGUCACUGAUUUACAUUUCGUUGACAAAAAAUAA